AGUAAAGAUGGCGGUGCGGGGGCCUCCGCCUUCAUUUCCCGGCUGAAGCCCUCCGAGGGAGGCGGUGGCCGCCACUCAAGGCUACCAGCAUUCUGGUGGUGGUAGUUUUGUCAGCAGCUGCGGAGGCUCGAGCCAUGGCGGAGCUGGAGCACCUGGGAGGGAAGCGGGCAGAGUCGGCGCGAGCGCGGCGGGCUGAGCAGCUGCGGCGCUGGAGGGGCUCUCUGACAGAGCAGGAGUCCGCGGAGCGACAGGGCUCGGGGCGGCAGCUGCAGACAAGACGCGGGAGCCCCAGGGUCCGCUUCGAGGAUGGUGCAGUCUUUUUGGCUGCUUGCUCCAGCGGGGACACGGACGAGGUGAAAAAGCUUCUGGCAAGAGGUGCGGACAUCAACACUGUCAACGUGGACGGUUUGACAGCCCUGCACCAGGCCUGUAUUGAUGAAAAUUUGGACAUGGUGAAGUUUCUGGUGGAGAACAGAGCCAAUGUAAACCAGCAAGACAACGAGGGCUGGACACCUCUUCAUGCGGCAGCUUCCUGUGGUUAUCUCAACAUAGCAGAGUAUUUUAUCAGCCAUGGAGCCAGUGUGGGAAUUGUAAACAGCGAGGGGGAAGUUCCUUCUGAUCUUGCAGAAGAGCCAGCCAUGAAAGACCUUCUUCUGGAACAAGUAAAGAAGCAAGGCGUUGACCUAGAGCAGUCAAGAAAGGAAGAAGAACAACAGAUGCUGCAAGACGCCCGCCAGUGGCUCAACAGCGGGAAAAUAGAAGAUGUGAGGCAGGCUCGCUCAGGGGCCACAGCCCUGCAUGUAGCUGCUGCCAAGGGUUACUCUGAAGUUCUCAGACUUUUAAUUCAGGCUGGCUAUGAACUCAAUGUUCAGGAUCAUGAUGGCUGGACUCCUCUUCAUGCUGCUGCACACUGGGGAGUGAAAGAAGCUUGCUCCAUCUUGGCAGAAGCACUCUGUGACAUGGAUAUCCGGAACAAACUGGGACAGACACCAUUUGAUGUGGCCGAUGAAGGUCUGGUGGAGCACUUGGAGAUGCUUCAGAAGAAGCAGAAUGUGCUUCGAAGUGAAAAGGAGACGCGGAAUAAGCUCAUUGAGUCAGACCUGAAUAGAAAGUUUCAGAGUGGACUCUUCAAGAACAAGGAGAAGAUGCUUUAUGAAGAAGAAAGCCCCAAGUCCCAGGAAACAGAGGAAGAAAACAAAGACUCCAGCAGCUCCAGCUCAGAGGAAGAGGAAGGUGAAGAAGAAGAAGAAUCGGAAACUGAGAAGGAGGCAGAUAAAAAGCCAGAAGCCACUGUCAACCAUUCCAACUCUGAAAGCAGGAGUCGUCUCAUGGAGCAGACCCCAGCCCCAGCUCAGAACACCUUCUCUGCCUCUUCUGCUAGGAGAUUGUCCAGUCUUUUCAACAAGACAGAAGAGCCCAAAGAUGAAUCUCCUUCUUCAUGGAGACUGGGACUCAGAAAAACUGGCAGUCACAAUAUGCUGAGUGAAGUGGCCAACUCCAGGGAAGCCUUUAGGGAUCGAGGUUCUUCCAUCUACCGUUCCUCCUCAAGCCCUCGGAUCUCAGCUUUGCUGGAUGACAAAGAUAAGGAAAGAGAAAACAAAAACUAUUUUAGCACGUUGGUACCCCGGAGGCUCAGCAGCACAAGUGACAUUGAAGAAAAGGAGAACAGAGAGUCAGCCGUUAAUCUGGUGAGGAGUGGCUCCCACACCAAGCAGCUGUGGAGGGAUGAAACAAAGGGAAAUGAAACGCCACAGACAAUUGCUCCUUCCCCUUAUGUGUCAACUUACUUGAAAAGUGCUUCAUUUGGUAAAAGUAGUGACCCCACAAGUCCCUACAUUUCAGCCAAUCGCAAUUCAUCUCCUGCUACCUCACCCAUUACCAUUGGUUCAUCCACCUCUCGGGGCAACCAGUGGCAACCUGCCUCUUGCCCUGCACCAGUCAGUACAAACACUGCUGCACCUGUACAGCACGCCAGGACUCCUUACAAGUCCCAGGCUGACUCAGCAGCAGAGAAAACAACAGAUGGUGUCUCUUCUAGUCCUCUGUGUGUGAUCACCAAUCGCCCUGCACCAAGCACUGCCAAUGGGGUUCCUGCUGCCACAGCAUUCUCCUUCACCGGAACAGACUCCUCUGGGGAAGCCCGGGAGAAGAGGAGGUCUUAUCUGACUCCUGUCCGGGAUGAGGAAGCGGAGUCUUUACGGAAAGCACGCUCCAGACAAGCUCGGCAGACGCGCAGGUCUACUCAAGGUGUUACCCUAACAGAUCUUCAAGAAGCAGAGAAGACUUUCAGCAGGUCAAGGGCAGAGAGGCAAGCUCAGGAACAGCCCAGUGAAAAGUUUGAAGACCCUGGUGGACUUGAAGGGAACACCAAGAAGCAGGAGCCAUCAGCUGCCCCAACAAAGGAAGCUGAGGGAGGCCAGCUAUCUGGGGGCAGGAGUCUGGAGGAAGAGCCUAUCUAUCAUCGCCUAAGGUGUUCAACUCAACCAGACAAACCCACAACACCCGUGUCUCCUUCUGCAUCAAGAACCUUACUCUACACUGGUUCUCAUCUACUACGGACAGGUAGAGCUUCAGACCCCGAUUCUGUGAAUUCAGAAACCACCACAAACGCCACAGCUGCAAAGGAAAUGGACAAGAAUGAGAAAGAAGGAGCUGAUUUGGAUGAUGAGUCCUCUAACAGGCUGUCUAUCCGAGAGAGGAGGCGACCUAAGGACCGGCGAAGAGGCACAGGCAUUAACUUCUGGACAAAGGAUGAGGAUGAUGCAGAUGUCUCUGAAGAGGUCAAAGAAGCAUGGCAUGAAAGACUUUCUAGGUUGGAGUCAGGAGGCAGUAAUCCAAGCAGCAGUGAUUCUUACAGUGACCGUGCCUCAGCAAGAGCCCGUCGGGAGGCCCGGGAGGCCCGCCUAGCCAGCCUGACCAGCCGGGUAGAAGAGGACACCAACAGGGAUUAUAAAAAACUCUACGAGAGUGCCCUGACCGAAAACCAAAAACUGAAAGCAAAACUUCAGGAGGCCCAGCUAGAGCUAGCCGAUGUAAAAUCCAAGCUUGAGAAGAUGGCCCAGCAGAAGCAAGAGAAGUCCUCUGACCGGUCAUCGGUACUGGAGAUGGAGAAACGGGAGAGGCGGGCAUUGGAACGGAAAAUGUCAGAAAUGGAAGAAGAGAUGAAGGUGUUAACAGAACUGAAAUCCGACAAUCAGAGGCUGAAAGAUGAAAAUGGUGCCCUCAUCAGAGUCAUCAGCAAACUGUCCAAAUAGAUGAGGUCAGAUCUGGGAGGAGGGGGACAGCAUUUGCUGCCCACCCCUCGUUUCCGGCCAAAAGAAGUGAAUGUUUCUGAAGAAGGGCACCUCCUUGUGAUCCUGCCAGUCACCUCCUCUGCACUGUACAUUUUCUCUGCACUCUGUGUCCCACUGCUCCCGCACUUGUAGCCCGAGUUUUACGACAGUUUUAACUGAAGCAUGAUUGUGACUAUUUCAAGCAGUCUGGAGAAAGCUCUGUGGGGUACACCAGGCUCAGCUGUGAACCCCCAACUUUCUGCUGCUUUGUCCACAUUGGUUUUGGUGCAGAUAUGUAAGGCUUUGACCCAUAGCCUUUAUACUGACCCACUGUCCUUUGACAUAGGUGAGUCUUGUGGUGGCCACUCCAGGAUCCUGUCUGGGGUGCCAAGAGAAAGGGCAGAAUGUGGGGUUACUCUCUGGACUGCCUCUGGAGCUGUUGUGUAGAGUCCACGGUGGUUGUGACUCUGUUGUUCACCUCUCAGGGACGGACUUGUUUUUACUUUUCUAUCAGUAACCUAGAACUUCCCUGACUAGUCUUAACCCCAUUUCUCCCUUUCCACAAGGCUUAGAUGCUCCUGGACUCUCUUGCUCCUUUUCUUUCUGUCCUUUGAUGAUUUCUUCUCCCAGCCUGAUGGCAUAGAAGCUGGAACAGAGCUCCUGACCUCAGUUGUUGGGGCCACUGUGGAAAAUCUUCACUCUGUUGCCAUGGCACCAUCACCCCAUCCCACACAGCUAGAGGGUGACUUUGGAGUCAGCUUAUUGUUCUCGUCUCCCGCUUGCCUGCUUAAAGAGUGAUUUUCUGGGCUCUUCAAGUCAGACAUAGCAGUAUACACCUACAGUCUCAGCACUCGUGAAGCUGAGGCAGGAGGAUCAGGAAUUUGAAGCCAGCUACAUAGCAAGACCCUCUCAAGAAGCGGAAAUCUGGAUUCUGGAUGUUGAGUUUGCCGUGCUCCCUUUGGCUUUGUUUACUUUUCCACUUGUGCACCUGCUCCUAAUGAGGAAUGAAGUUGCAAGUCCAGGGAGAGGGUGGGGGAGGCGGGUGAAGCAGGCUAGAGAGAAAUGGGGAGAGCAUGUGAGGACACUUGGAACGCUGUGCUUGUACUGUGAGAUGACGGAAACUCCUGGGAGUCGCAUUCAGGGGAGAGGCAUUGCCCUUCCUAGAAGCCGGCAGGAGAAAUGACUGCUGGGGUGGAGACUGAAGGGGAUGAUCCAGUCCAUAAUAAGAUUCGUGGACUCUUAAGAGUGGCAAGGCUUGCACAUCCUCUGGCCCAGCUUCCUCGUGUUAUAGGGACCCCUCUGCUACCAUAGCUUUGCCCUAUGGUCGGCCUUUGGUAGCUAUGCAUUUAGUGCUUAAAGCUUGGGCACCUCUAAUAACCAGAGUUUUUACUAUUAGGAGCUGAGGUCUGCUGCACCCCACCUGCCCAGCUCAUUAAAUAUGGAUGGCUGGCGGUCCCCACUUCCAUAGUUCCUUCAGUCCCUCUUCAGAUGUCAUGGUUUUGAUGCCUGUCACAUCUUGACUCCCAUCCUCUAGUCUAGACAAGGCAGCCCUUUAGGCCAUCAUGUCUCCGUCUCUACAGAGUGGUCCACAAUCCCAGCGCAUGAAGUGCUAGUGCUCACGAUGAGCCAGUGCUGACGCGGUGAUGCUUGUCUCUGUAGGCAUCAUCCUUUAGGGCCUCAUUAUUCAGGUGUUGCCGGUGAUGUUGACCAUUCUAACACUACCUCUGUCAUUCUUUCAUGAGGCUGCCACUGUCCCUUUCUGUGACCCUUGCAGGCUUCGUGUGCUCUUAAACAAGCUGUAAUUCAGGGUCUUUGUUGCAGACGAGGACCACGCCCACUCUGACACACUUUGAGCACGUACAGGGUUCUCUUUACCAUUUCAACCCACUCUUCUGAGGGGUCUGUGUUGAGCCACUCUGUUGUGGAGCACUGAGCCCAGGUUUUAGAAGGGAACUGAACCAUAGUGGGAAGGACCCAUCUUCUGCUAUAGGAAGCGGGAAAUGCCAACAACAUGUCAGCCAGCUGGUUCUCCUAGAAUAGCUAGGACAUUGGGAAAUUGGGAAGGGAUUGCUGCCGUGUUCUUAGGAAAAGAAAAUGGGAUGUUAGGAGCACAUUUUGAGUCUCCUCCAUUCAUAGACCAGGUAAAGGUGUUCCAGAGUUCUAUGCUUUGGGGCCUUUUGAAGUCCAGGGGCAGGUUCUCAAAACCCACACCCUGGCAUUAAUACCUGCUGCUGUGUGUGGCCUUCCAGGAAGGUUCCUUAGGACAAGUUGUUUAUAAGCUUUUCAGCCUCAGGAAUCCUGGACUCCGGAGCCAAGAACUUAUAGUGCAGAUGUUCCCAGGUAAUUCCAGGCACUUCCUCUAGGCCACUAAUUUAUUUAGACAGAAAACAUUGUGAAUUUGGUCUCUUCAAAAUGAUAUUUACUGAAAGCCCCCAUGAAGGACAUAGGCCUUCUGAUAGCCAGCUAGACUCUCGGUGCUGGUCUCCUUUUCUCUGUUCUCGGCCAGUCACACACCGGAGGUCUCCCCGGUGGCCACCAGCCUCACUUGCUGACUUCUUGUGACUCAUCUCAUAGCUGGAGCUUAGUGACCACUGUAAGCCGGUAGCCAUGCAGGACUCGGCCCUGUGGCAGAUGGGACAAGAAUGUUCUCGCUACAGCAUCACAUCCUAUGCUUUGGGAGUAAUGACGGGGCCAGUCCAGAGAUUCUGGGACUGGAGUUUUCCUGUUUGACUUUCAGGAGCUUCUGAGCCUUUCUAGACAGUACCUGGAAGUUCUGACUGCCAGGGGAAGGUGGGUGGUGCACAUUUAAGGGUGUUGCCUCAAAAGAAUCAGAAUAACAGCUCCAUCUUGGACCCACUCAGUUCACUGAGUUACCAGCUGGGCUGGUCUCACUUCCUAGAGCCUCCCUGUCUGUCCAGCAGUGGCCGUGUUCUCACGCCCGCUUUCCCAGCCUCUGUCCCAGGCCUCAGUCUUCUAGAUGCAAGCAUUGUUCAGUGAGGCAAAGUACCGGAUUAGUCUGUGGGUCCUACAAAAGAGUCUAUAGCCAGAGAAGAGAGGAGGAAGUCUCCAAGCCAUGCCCUUUGCCGGCACCCUUCGGGGCCUUUCCUCACACAGACAACUGUCUCCACCCAGUGUAAAGAGCUGACAGUGCUGGCACUUGUGAGGAACUGAGGACUGCAGAGGACAUCUGAUCUGUCAGCUGCUUCAGACGGGUGUAAGACUUGAAACAGAAGCCUAAUUGGGCAGCUAGGAUGUUAGUGACUAUCUUCCCCCAACAGGUGAGCUACAGCAUCCACUGCGGUCUCACAGUGAAGCCGGGCUGCAGGAGCCCAGCUGUCUUCCCUCAGGACCGCAGGGCUCUAGUCCAUGGUUACACGCCCUUUCAGAGGUGGGCCCCGCGCACAUCUCACUUGCCAUUCUAUUCUGCAAACCUUCAAACAUAGCUCCCUUGACGCAGGAAAUGAGGGCAGGAUAAGGUGCACACAGUUAAGCCACACGGAGUCCAGGGCCAACUUAUUUAGCUGUAACCCUUGGGCAAGAUAAUUUUUUAAAGCCCCAUGGGGCUUAAAUUUCUGUAAUUUAUUCAUUUCUAGAAGGAUGAGAACAUUUUGACUCUUAGAUUUCUGCUUCUUUUCAAAUUUUCAAGAUCAGUCUUGUUUUCUUCCCAAACUCAAGCUGUUUAAGAUUGGGGUGUCAAGGCUGACCCCCUCCUCCUUGCUGGAAAGUGGAGUUAACACUGAAAGCAAUUGAAUUGUUGCGAUUGUUUCCUUCCUGGUGGUUAGGUAAACAUCUUCCCAGCCUGAAGAGGUGGAGAUUGUAGCUGGUAGGGGGUGGAUAGAGCAGUAUGUCACUAGGAACCCAGCUGCCGCUUGAGGUUUGCCCAGCCGCCUCUCCUAGAUGUGACCAGCACUGCUUCUCAGUACCCAAGCAGCAGACUUAACUUGGGAUUCUGUUUGGCACCAGCUAGUUCCUAAUGUUGAACUCUGCCUUGAGCAACAAGUGUUCCACAACGAAGAGCAUAGCUUCGGCUGAGCUCUGCCUCUGAGCACUAAGCUCUCAGAAGUGAGGCGAUCUGGGGCUGUUCAAGGUGGUCUUUCAUAAGAGACCAUGCUGCUUCUGCAGGAGUCCACAGACCCCACAAACCACAUAGCAUAGAAUGGUGCAGUCAGGCCUUGGGUGUAAGGAAAAGGACAAACCCUGGAGCUGGGUGCCUGCAGGUUUGCUGGGUAAAGGCAGAGGGCAAGGUCUUUGAAUGUGGAACAGGAUGGAAAUUGCAGACACUGGGAGAGAGGAAGCCUGAUUUCUGCACCUGGAAGUGCGUUCUGUCCUCAGUUCAGACAAGCCUGAGAGAUUUUAAUCAGCCUUCCUAAUGGGUAUUGACACUGCUCAGAGCAGUGGACUCCGUCAGGGACAACUAUUGAUUGCUUGUGUUCUGAUUAGAUUGGAAAAAUAGAUCAACUUCAUUAUAGCCCAGGAGCUGUCAUUGUCACGGCUACAGAGGACUGAAGUGGUCUCUGGGGGCCGAGGAAAAACAACUGGACCCCAACAAACCAGAGGGAAGCUGGAAGUUGUCUCCACGUCUCCUUGCAAGCUGUGGUGAAGGUCACAAUUGCAACCCAGUAUCUGGGUGCCCACUCGCGAGAUGGUGGGGUGGGAACUUUUGAAGCCCAUGCAUUGAUGCAUGUUCUGGCCUUACCUCAGAAGACUCGGCAGUGUGAGGCUCUCUUCCAGCACGCACACGCACACACACACACACACACUUGCCAGGCUGGAGCUUUUUAAAAGAGGUCUGGUGUUUUCUUGAUUAGAAAUGAAAACUCGGAAACCAAUUUUAUCCAAGUGUAUAGCUCAAUCUCUUUUUCUCUUCCUGCACCAGCUUCCCAAAGGACUCCCAUGCAUCUGCUUGUCUCCCUGCUUGGUAAUCUGCCAGAAUGACAUGUUAUUUUGCCUCUAAAUUUUCCCCUAAUGCUUCCAAUAAAAAUGUACUUGGGUGGCCCUUAAGGUGUCAUCAAGAUGGUAGUGUAGGUCCUUCCAGAUAAUCAUACCUCUCCCCUGCCUUCCCCCACACUCCUCAGGCCUUGAUGGUACUUGAGGGACAAGGUUUCCCAUUAAUCAGUCAAGAGUCCUGGAGAAUUUUCAAACACCAACAGCAUGUCAUUUUCCCCCACCACCCAUAGCCAGCCCCUAUUCCAUUUUCAAGGCCCCUCAGAGACAAGAUUUGGCUUAUAGGUCUAGAUGAUUCCUUGUUGCAGGGCUGUGUCUGAGACGUUCAUUCCAUCUUUUCCUGGGGAUGUGACUGGUCCCUGCAUAAGGCAGAAAAAUGUCUCCUCAGCACAGGCUGAGCUAGUCUGUUUGUAUAGAAGUGAUAGCCUCUCAGCCAGCCAGGAGAGAAGAUCCAGAAAAGGCUGGACCAUAAGGAGUCCUAAGAGCCUCUGAUGUGCUCUUGAACCCAGAGCGGAGGUCAGAGCAGGAUCCCGAACAGGGGACGCUCGGGCCAGCACCAGCUUGUUUCUCUCCCAAGUCUGUGUCUGUGCUGUUUUCAACCCUCCUCUUCUGAAACCUCAAGCGGAUCCCAGCCUGCCCUAGCAUGGAGUCUAGUGCAGAGUAGCUGUGGGUGACGGCAGCAGAGGCGGGUCCAGGAGAAAGCAUCCAGCAUCCUUCCAGCAUGCUCACCUCACCAGCCCCCUGCCUUGAGCCCUUAGCAGGUCCUCCUCCUGGCCUGACCUCAAAGCACAGCCAUGAUUUCCCUGAAGAGGGGGUAAUGUGCCACAACCAUGCCCUCUGCUGUGGCCUACUCUGAGGCAGUGCAGUCUGGUAUUGGCAUCACCGUUUUUCUCUGUUUCCUUCGCCCUGGUCUUGAUCACCACUUGAACGCUAGCAUUUUGUGUUUCCUCCCUCCACCCUUCACCCGCACUUAUGCACCAAAUGGAGCUGUUUUCCAGCUGAGUUGUGUAGAUUAACUUCAGCCAACUGUAAAGACACCUGGAGGAGGCUCCUGAGGGCGGGGAAGCCAUACUGGCUUUGUGAACUGAAUGUAUUUUUAUGCAACUCUGAGUGGCCUUUCAACCCUGAGGUGGAUGGAUUUGCUUUACUGGUUGUUAUUAUAUGGUAUUAAGUGUUCUGUGUUUGAAAGUUUGGGAAUAAUAUUCACAUCUGUAUGAUGCCUGUAAACACAACAGUAUUUAUAAAUGAACAAAUAAAACUGUGUUUUAACUUUG